UGGAGAAGCACGUGCCUUUUUGUGCAACUGAAGCGCGUUAAGUGAAGACGUGAAGAUCUCGAAGAUUCAUAGAUUCUCGUUUCGGUGUUACCGGUCCUAUUUGCCGUUUUUCUUUGUGGUGAUUGAAAUUUUGGGAGGUUUCCAGGCGUGAUAGUUGCUGUUACCAGCUUACUAAUUUUUUGAAGUCGGGUAGUUCUUGUAGUUGUCCCACCUGGAUCGAAUAAGACGGAAGUCAAGAGCUAUUGCCGCAAAACGCGGCAAAAAAGUCAAGUUUUCAGAAUGGAUGGAUCAUGACAAAGGAGAAAAUGAUGUUGAGAGCCCUGCAGAAGAUGAAGAGGAAAAGGAAAAAAGUUCUCCUGGUAGAAAAUUCAGUGAAGUUUGCAUUGAUAUACCAAGAAUAGACCCAACAACAACAUGUCUGUUGGAAAAACCACAUAUCGACAAAAAAGUGAAGAGACACAGUAUCCAUGGAAUGAUGGAAGAAGAAAAUGUUAUAAGACCACAUCAAGAAAUCGCCCAAUUGUCCCUUGACGAGAAAAAAUUUCUUUUAGCAGUAGAAAGAGGAGAUGUUGCCUCAACAAGGAGGAUGCUGCAGAGAGCAGAAGAGACCAAUUAUAUCAACAUUAACUGUGUGGAUCCUCUGGGAAGAAGUGCUCUUCUGAUGGCUAUAGACAACGAAAACUUGGAAAUGGUGGAGCUUCUCAUAGCCCAUAAGGUAGAAACCAAAGAUGCUCUGCUUCAUGCCAUUUCAGAAGAAUUUGUGGAAGCAGUUGAAGUUCUUCUCGACCACGAAGAGACUCUGCAUAAGCCAGGGGAACCACAUAGUUGGGAAGCAUUGCCAGCGGACACGGCUACUUUCACGCCUGACAUAACCCCACUCAUCCUUUCAGCCCAUCGGGAUAACUAUGAGAUCAUCAAAAUCCUCCUGGAUCGAGGGGCAACUCUACCAAUGCCACACGACGUUAGAUGCGGUUGCGACGAGUGCGUCACAUCCAGAAUGGAGGAUUCUUUACGACAUUCCAGAAGCAGAAUCAACGCCUACCGCGCUCUGGCCUCCCCAUCCCUGAUUGCCUUAUCGUCGAAAGAUCCCAUCCUUACAGCUUUCGAACUCUCCUGGGAGCUACGUCGACUGAGCUUCAUGGAACACGAGUUCAAAAUCGAGUACCAAGAACUGAGGAAGCAGUGCCAAGAUUUCGCCACAGCCCUUUUGGACCACACGAGAAGUUCCUACGAAUUAGAGGUGCUCCUGAAUCACGAUCCCUCGGGACCCGCAUUCGAGCACGGCGAUCGAAUGCACCUGAAUAGACUGAAAUUAGCCAUUAAGCUCAGACAGAAAAAGUUUGUCGCCCAUUCUAACGUUCAGCAGCUACUGGCUAGCCUAUGGUACGAGGGCCUCCCAGGGUUCCGUAGGAAGAAUAUGGUUCUGCAAGCCUUCGAAAUAAUACGGAUCGGAAUACUUUUUCCAUUUUUCUCCAUAGCGUACAUUUUGGCACCGCAUUCGAUGGUGGGACAGACCAUGCGCAAGCCUUUCAUCAAGUUCAUUUGUCAUUCGGCCUCAUACAUCACGUUUUUGAUUAUGCUGAUACUUGCUUCACAACGACAAUACCUCCAAAAUCUACUAGGAGAAAAGACCGAAGAAGACUUCGUCUACACGAAACGAGGAGCAAAACCAUCUUUCGUCGAAGGGAUUAUUUUAUCCUACGUCAGUGGUCUGAUAUGGAGCGAGAUCAAGCAACUGUGGGAUGUCGGUUUGGAGGAAUAUUCCAGGGAUAUGUGGAACGUAAUAGAUUUCAUCACGAAUUCCUUAUACGUUGCCACAGUUGCCCUAAGAGUAGUUUCGUAUUACCAGGUGCAGAAUCAACCUGAAGCAGCUUCAGAGCCCAGAAGUGAAUGGGAUGAUUGGGAUCCUAUGCUGAUAUCGGAAGGACUCUUUUCUGCAGCCAAUAUCUUGAGUUCGUUGAAGCUGGUUUACAUAUUUUCCGUCAAUCCACAUUUGGGACCCCUACAAGUUUCUCUGUCAAGAAUGGUAAUGGAUAUCAUGAAAUUCUUCUUCUUGUGUAUUCUCGUACUUUUCGCCUUCUCCUGUGGCCUAAACCAGCUUUUGGGCUACUACGCUAAAGCUGAGAAACAGAAGUGCUUCGAUACUUUGGAUAAAUGUGAUCCGAAAGAGAAAGACUCAAAUGCUUGCAUGAUCUGGAGGAGAUUUUCUAACUUAUUCGAAACAAUCCAAACAUUGUUCUGGGCCGUGUUCGGCCUUAUAGACCUCGAAAACUUCGAACUCAGUGAAAUUAAGACCUUCACCAGGUUCUGGGGUUUACUGAUGUUUGGUUGUUAUUCCGUCAUCAACAUAGUAGUACUGUUGAAUCUCCUCAUAGCCAUGAUGAAUCAUUCGUAUCAGCUCAUAUCGGAGAGAGCUGAUGUAGAAUGGAAGUUCGCCAGAAGCAAACUAUGGAUCAGCUUUUUUGAGGAAGGUGGAACAGCCCCACCUCCAUUCAAUAUUGUUCCUACCCCAAAAAGUGCUUGGUACAUCGUCCAAUGGGUACAAAAAAAGUUUUUCGGGCAUUCGAGGCAAGCUAAGAAGGAGCACAUGCAGACAAUAAGAAGGAAAGUGAAGCAGGCAAAUGAGCGAGACUUCAGAUAUCAAAGCAUCAUGAGGAACCUCGUUAGGAGAUACGUCACAGUGGAGCAGCGCAAGGCAGAAAACCAAGGUGUCACGGAAGACGAUGUUAAUGAGAUCAAACAGGAUAUUUCCGCUUUCAGGUUCGAGUUGAUAGAAAUCCUGAAGAAUUCUGGAAUGAAUACUUCCACUGCACUCAGCGCCAUGGGCACCGGAGGCAAGAAGAACCGACAGAAAGAGAGACGUCUGAUGAAGGGUUUCAAUAUAGCUCCGCAACCCUCAACAAUAUCCCUGCCUCCAGUUGCUGAAUUUAUUGCCUCGCUCCAGCAGGAAGGUCAUCAUCAUGACUUCUUCGGCUCCACGUUGUCCAAUAUCUUCAAUUCGACUCCCAGGAAACUGCAACAUAGUAACACCGUAUCGACGUCACAAGGAAGUAUCAACGAGGGUCAUCAGUGUCACAGAGGCGGCAAUGGAAAGUUCCACUUCAAACGUACACAAUCCCAUAAACGCAAAUGGGGAACAUUGAUCGAGGCAGCCAAAUCUGGAAAAGUAUCUCGACUCAUCGGAAGGUCCAGAUCCGAGGAUUCUGUCUGCAAUGAUUGCCGUGGUAACAAUCAGUCCCAUAGCAACAGUCCAGCCUCCGAUGAGAACAUCUCAGGUAGCGGUUCUGAAUCCAAUCAGAGCGUGGAUACCGAAACUUCCCAUAACCACCACGAGCCUCAGCAUCAACCGACUGAGCAUCAUUACGGGAUAGCCCACGGCCUAGCCUUGUUGAAGAAGAAGAGAAAGAAGUUCUCUGCUUCUAGAAAUUCUAGUCCGAUUGUUGUUCCUCCAGGCAGUAUUAAUGAUAGCAUGGGCAGCGUGAAUAAGAAGAUGAGCAAGAUCAUCAAGAAGUCACCUUGUAAAGUCUUACAACGAGCCUCAAGUGUACCGACAAGAGUUCCUGAAGUACCAACCUUGAAUCGUUUAGGGACAACGCACUCCCAACAGGAAACUGACAAUGUUACUCCAACACCGCCACCUGCGAUGACACCGUCAACAACAGAGGAAAGCGUAGCCACAAGUAAUAAUGGUAUCCAUUCUGGGAUGUCGAGAGAGCCUCUACUCUACAACUCCUCGUCAAGCAAUCAAGCUACAGCUUCUUCGCAGACACCUGAAGAUGAUUACAGGAAUCAGCCUCAAUGUCUCCCCAAACUUCCUGGAAUUAUACCAUUGAGCGGACAUACAAACACGAACGAAUGGUUGUAACAGUACUGGGAAAACAUAGAAUAUAUAGAUGAGUAGUACCUUCCUAAAUAUCGCAAUAUAUUGACCUAACUCAGUAUACUUCUAAAUAUACUCAAAUUUCAGAACAAACGAAAAGAAUAAAGGUAAUAUAAUACAACGAUAACAUAAAACACAGAAAGUAGAUGGAGUCUACAAAAUUUGGUUUUUUUGCUUUUUUGUAUACAGGUUGCGCCAUCAAUACCUAUAUACAGGGUAUUAAUAAUGUCCAAUCUCUGAAUUGACAAUUUUCAAAUGAAAUAAAAUAAAAUUUGCGAAAAUCAAAAUCCUUCAACUUUCAAUAUUCGGUAUCUCGGAAAUUAGCAAUUUUUAUAUAAGACAUGUUAGGCAGAAUCAUCAUAUUCAUAUCAUACAACAAUUCAGAGAUCGAACCUUUUUAAUGAAUCACUCUGUGAAUAUAGAAAUUUCACUAUUUUCGAGCUAAAUCUUCUUAUUAUUAUUUACGUUCUUUUCCAUCUGAUAUUAUAUAUUUUCGCUGAAACUUUCCGGAUGUAGACUCCCUCAAAACCCAAAUUUACAUCUCAUAGACAUUAUAUCACUUUAGGGUACUCAUUCAUAUAUUUUAUGUUUUUCUUCAGGGAUAUAGAUAUUUAUCUGCGAUCUCUAUUUUCAGGGAUUGAUGAAAUGAACCCCAGUAACACUAUUUGAUACAUACAGCAUACAGGGUAGGCUAGAUAAAAUAGUCCACAUCAAUUUGAUGACAUCAAAUAAUUCAGUUUGAGUAGUCAUAUAUGUAUAAACAUUUAUUUUAGCGAUGGUAUGACGUCUGGGAUCGAAUUCCAGACUUUCAGAACGAUCAUAAACAUGGGUAUUUAUAGUCAAUGAAAAUCGAAUCGGGAACAACCAAAGCCAAUUAUUAUUAUGAAAGAAAUAAAUACGCACACUCAGAAUAAGUACAUCGGCCAAAUAGCAAAGGACUGACAGUACAAGCUUUGAAAUUGCAUGUUCUGUAAACGUUUUCAAGAUGGAUACAGUUGCCAUCUCCGAUACGUCAUCAGUGACGUCAUGCCAUUGUAGAAAUAGAUAUAGGUACUAUACGACACUUUCAAUCAAGAAAGGAUGUCUUUAUCGAAAAUAUUUGAACAUUUUGGGAGAUGACUACUUCUGGAACUGGUAAUUUCAUCAGUCCCUGAUGUAUUUUAAGGCUAUUCACCAUAGAAAAUAUCAUUAUCGAUAUAAAUAAUAUUCAUUGAUUGUCAUCGAAAAAUACGAGAAUAAUGAAGGGAAAGAAGAGGUAUUAGGUCGAAUUAGAUAUAAGUAAAUAAGAUUAUAAGAUGAUAUAUAUCCGCCACAAUUACCUACCCGAAAUAAGAGUUCACUGAUUCACCGUAGAGUAAAAAGUAGGUAGACAAGAAUAUAUCACGAGAGUCAAAAUAUCUUUUGCCAGAUUUUUGAUUUAACGGAAAUCCUUGCGGAUUCAACGCCUUUUGGAGUAGAUACUUAAUUAAAAAAAAUAAUUUCCUUUAUGUGAUGACGUACCAAUUAUGAAUCUCCGGAAAUGAGAAUUUUUUUUUUGUAGAUCACAAAGUUGUUAAUCAAUUAUUCGAUCAUAUUGAAUACCUAUGUAUAGUUUGGCCAAAUAUGGAUUUAUAAUUUUUUCGGAUGAAUAUCGUCCAUCGUUGUAUAGUUACUGUCCAGUGUGAAUUUUUUUUACCGAUUCAUACUAAAAUAACUUCGAAAAAAAAAAUACGAGUGCCUUGACUGAUUGGAAACCAAUCGAAAAGAAAAUGAUAUCCAGCGCAAAUUAUAAAUCUAUAUAAUUUAGGAUAAGCAGGUAAUAAUAAAUAUAAUAUACUUAAAUUAAUCGAGUUCAAAAAUAACUAAACUAUUUUAUACGAAUUAAGUGACUGUUGAUGUUGGCAUGGUGAGGUACCUUAUCCUUUACAUUCGAUAAUAUCUCAUUGUUUAUAAUAAAAUCCUCUUAUUUCUUCAAUCCUGAAUGUGACCACUACUCAGAAAAAACGUAUCUGUUGGAAUUUAUUUUUUGAAAUCUUUUCAUCUUCGAGUUAUCGAAAUUCAUAUCUGUGAGAUGAAUGUGAAAUAUGUAUCAUAAUCAAAUCAUACUUUAUGUAUUCGUUUCUUAACUGCUGAAGUAUUCACCUGGAAUAGUAGAAAAGAAAAUUGGAUCAAGAUUUUAAAGUUUCAUCCUUUAUGACAGCGACCAUUUAGCUUCAAUGUGUUUCAAUGAAAGUCGAAAUAAGUUAAAUAAAAUAAUCCAUCGUU